AUGCGCGUGCCGAAAGUGCUCUCUCCGGGAAAUGACGUCGUCCCGUCGUGUCCCGCCGUCGUGUGUUCCGCGUGCGUCCACCAAACACGGCCGGCUGUUGCUGCUGCUGCUGGUGGUGUGCUGGUGGUGUGCUGGUGCUGGUGCUGCUGCUGCCGGUGGUGGUGGUGCUAUCGCUGCUCGCUGUCUCGGUUGACGCGUUCGUCGUCGCUGUUGUCGUUGAAAACGAUAUUGUGUACGCCGUCCGAUCCGAAAGCCCCACUGCUGCUGUUGCACGUGUGUGAACGGGAAAAUUAUUUUAAGGUGGAGUCACCAACUUAUAGUUUGUCAUUAAACUGUAGGCCUAGGAUGUGGACAUUAUUUGAGAGAGCCAAUAUUAUAUUGAAACUAUAAUAAUAGUAUUAUACAGAGAGCAACGAAACAGAAUAUUUAGGUCGACGUCAGUCGCGACAGUGCAGACAUAGUCCAAAAUUUGUGAUGGUGAGAUAAAUCUGUAGAGUAGGACGCUGCCACAGUCACAAAUCGCCAAUAGAAAAUGAAUUAUGGCGUAUCCGAGGCUUCGUCAUUACAGGACGAUGACGGCCAUAUGUUUCGUGUGCAACCUGCCGAUCCUCAGCCACCAGGUGGGACUGGUGUGGCAGGGCGGCAACGGUUGGGACGACAUACUGCGCGAGCAGAUGGAGGAGACGACGAUCAAACAGCGGUUGGGUGGUCGACGGGACUCGGCCGCACAGAUCACCACCGAGUCGCCGCCAACGGAGACCGCGGAGACGUCGCCGCCGGUAAGCCGGCGACGAAGGCGCAGCUCGCUUGCCCAGCUCACCGACAUAUUGCGCGAGUGGAGCGGCACCAGCAUGGGUGGAGGUGGCGUUGGAGGUGGAGGUGGAGGUGGGGCGGGCGGCGGCGGAGGUGGAGGCGGAAGCGGAGGCGGCGGUGGCGGAGGUAAGUCGGGUGGUCGGCCAAAGGGCAUCACCAGACGUGAGACGCUGGCCGACAUCGCCAAGACGCUUCCGUUUGGUCGGUCCAACACGAUCACGUCAUCCCGGAAGCGGCGCGAGUCGUCCGUCGACUCAGGCGUCAAGUCGUUGUCCAGUAAGGGUGGCGGCCGCCGGGACUCGAAGACCGACUUCCGGGCCGACAUUGCCAAACUGCUCAACAACCGACGCGACUCCAUCAUAACGCCCAGUAGCGUCUCGCAGCAGCCCAGGCGCAGAGGAUCCGGAGACGUCGGCCAUUCAGACGGCGAUGGUGGACGUCGCGGGUCCAGGGACGACGGCCGUGCGUUCCGACAGCACCGCACGUGCCACAAGCGCAGAGACUCGCAGGCGAUCGUCGCGCCGGGCCAGUCCACGUCGUCCAACGGGUCGACGGGCGGCGGCGGCGGAGACGGUCACGCGAAGACGGUGGACGACCAGACCAUGACGCCGCCGACCAUGGUCAUCAGCAGCGUGACGCCGCCGCCCACAUCGCCACGCGCCCCUCUGUCGCCCACUCACCAACACGCACCGUCGUCCGUCUCCAACGCCGCCGCCGCCGCCUCCACUGCCAACGCCUCCGUGUCGAGCGGUUACACGUGCUCGGCGGUUCCGACUCAGCACAGCGUGUCGUGCGGUUACACGCCGCCGGUGUCGGUGCCCAGUUCGCCGGUGUCCGCGGUUCCGCCGACGCAGUUGUGCGCGGGCAACGUGACGCACGCGCCGUUGGUGUCCCGCAGAGACUCCACCACGCAAGUGUACUCUUCAAGGGCUCGCCGGAAUUCCAAGCCUCACGUGUCGCCCGAACGAAGGCACAGCAAGGACGGCAUAUCGGUCGGCAACAAGCUGCCCAGGUUGCAGCGGCAAUCGACGGCCAUCGACGAGACUUGUAUGCCGUCGAGCUUGCAUUGCGGUCGUCGGAGCUCGCAACCGACGCUGUCCGCGGACCAAGACUAUUCGGACCGGAAGACCAGGCGCGACUCGCUCUCACCUGACUCCGCGCACUACGCUCGACGCCGAGACUCUAGAGUCAGCGGUGGUCUAUCACCGGACAGACAAGGCAGGGACGUAUCUCCUGGAAGGCAGAGACGCCGUAGAAACUACCGACGCCAGAGUACCACGAUGGGUGGUUAUAACGUUCGCAGCUGCCAGUCAUCCAGGUCACCGGAUUCGUCGUCAUCCUGCUCUUCUCGAGAACCCUCGCCGGCCGGCAGGGCCGUGGCGCCUGCGACUUCUCAGCGAACGCCGAUUAUCCGGAGACAAUCCACUACCGAAGAGAUAUUGAUUGCCAGGGGCUUCCGGCGACAAUCCACUACCGAAGAAAUGAUUCGAUGCAGGAAUUUCCGACGACUAUCGUCUCAGUCAGAUGAAUGUUACCGUACGAGAGGCCGAAGAGAUUCAAGUACGCAAAUCAUAGAUGGAACUUUGGCCACUAUGGCUGUGGAGACAAGCAGUACUUUGUUCGAUUCUAGUACACAAACAGAGACUUCUUUGUUGUAUGACAACAAGCACUACCACGAAGAAUGUUUGCGUUGCAACUCGUGUGGAAUGAACCUUACCGGCCCGAACCAGAAACGGGCCAGGAGGUUCAAGAAUCACAUACUGUGUGAUUUACACUUCGCCGACGUGGCUUUGAUGGAGUGCUCAGAUUUCAUGCAACAACUUCGCAGUUUCAAGCCACAAUCGUUAGGUUGUGCUGUGGCCAGGAGAAAAAGCUCUACGACGCUAAUAUUCCCGUUGCCACCGCAGGCGUGUGGAGAUGAUAUUUGUGAGGAAUGGCCUCAUAACUUCCAACCAGCUCCUGGAUAUUGGAUAGAAUGUUCUCGUCAAAAAAUCACUAGUGAAGCAGGAUAUGUUGAAGAAUCUGGAUCUGAUGAGCGUGAGUUAAAUAAUGGCUCAAAUUCAGACGGAGCAGAUGGUGCCCAAGAAUAUUUUGGAAAUAGAUAUGGACGGCCUCGGGGUUCGGAUAGUCUACUACUAGAAGAUGACGAAUAUUAUCCGUAUGAUGAUGAUUACAUCAUGCCACCAUCCAGACCAAAAACUUCAAUUGAAGAACAGUGGGAGAAAAAUCGGUGUUUUGAAUUGACUUCUGUAGAACAAGAAACAUUUGAGAGGUACUUUUAUCAAAAGGAACAUUGGAAUUACUUCACAAAUGAUGAAGAUUUAGGCCCAAUCAUCCUAAGUCUUAAACAAGAAACCAUUAAUGGUCGAGACCAAUUUAGGAUAUUGGUCAGAGCAAUCAGCUACACAGUUCAUGGCUUAAUACCAGCGUCUUGUGUAUUUGCCGAUCGCUAUAAUCGUGAGGAAGUGGUCAGGUCUCUAGGUAAAGAGAUAAAUUUAAAUCCACCUUUAGUACUGGGCCAAUUACCUGAUACGGCCGAUGAACUACUAAAACUAGACCAAGUGUUCAUGAAAUCUGAACUCAAAGUUGGAGUAAUAUACGUCAAAGAAGGCCAAACUACUGAAGAAGAUAUAUUGGACAACAAUGAAAAUAGCUUAGCAUUUGAAGAAUUUCUUGGACUUUUAGGAGAGACCAAAAGACUUUGUGGGUUCGAUAAGUAUCGAGGAGGAUUAGAUACAGUACACGAUUUGACUGGAACACAUUCUGUUUAUACAAAUUGGAGAAAUAUUGAAAUAAUGUUUCACGUUUCAACUAUGUUACCUUAUGAAGCACACGAUGCACAAAAACUGCAAAGAAAAAGACAUAUUGGUAAUGAUAUUGUGUGCGUUGUAUUUCUUGAAGCUGAUGAUACUCGAUUUUCACCAGCCUGUAUAAAAUCACAUUUUCUUCAUACUUUUAUAUUGGUCAGAGUAAGUCCGAGAAUUCGAAGAAAAACAGAAAGAACUAAAUACGAAGUAUCUGUUGUAACUAGAGAUGAAGUCGGGGCUUAUAAGCCAUAUCUUUGGGAACAAUCAGUUUUUGAAGAAAAGGAUAUGUUUCGUGAAUGGAUCUUAACAAAGAUCGUAAAUGGCGAACGGGCAAGUUAUUCAGCACCAAAAUUUGCUAGAAUGCAAGAACGUACUCGUAGCCAAAUGCUUGAGGAUAUUGUUGCAAACUUACAAAAUCAUUGUGAGACUGGUCAAAUACCUAAACCAUAUAGGAGAGGUUCCUGGAGACCAAUAGGGCACAUGAGGCCAUCCAGUCCAUUACUUGAUUCGGUUAGGGAUCGGUUUGAAGACUACGAUACUCUUGCUAAAGAUUUUACGAAAUUCUUUAUAAACUCCGAAUCAAAUGUCUCCAUAAACGGUCAUUUGUUUGAUGUAGUAUUUUUAGUAGGCCAAAGUAAGCAAAAGACGAAGUUUAUCGGUGUACGAGCCAUUUUGGGUGUCAGAAGUCGAGUAUUCCAAGAAAUGUUAUAUGGCAUUUCCACCGGUUUUGGAUCCCCUCAAAUGCCGGUUGCUGAACUAUUAGCCCGAGGUCUUCCUAGUUUACCCUCUCAACAACACCAAAAAGCAAAAAGUAGUAACUUUUUACAAGUUCCAGAUAUAGAAACACCAAGGGCCAAAAGUGUUCCUAGCUCUCCGAUGAUGCGGAGAGCUAUUUCCAGAAUAGGAACGAUUACUGCUGGAUGGAGUAAGUCAAUAAGAAAACAACAAAAUCUGUCAGCUGAUGAUAAAAAGAAAUGGGCUUCUUCUCAAGAUUUUAGCCAUAAAGAAAAAGAAAAAGACAAAGAAAAAGAGAAAGAAAGAUUAGCUCAGUUGUCCGUGCCUAAAGUAAGUGUCUGUCCAAAUAAUGGAGGGGACAAGAUUGAUCGAGCGAAACUCAAUCAAAUCGAGUUUUCAAUCAUUGAAUUUGAUCCGGACACAUUUCGAAUAUUACUGGAUUACUUACAUACGAGCUCCUGUAAAAUCACUUGUGCAAAUGUCCCCGGGCUAAUAUGUGCAGCUGAACACUAUGACUUGCCAGAACUAUUGCAGGCAUGUUUCCAUCAUACAAAACAGCAUUUAAGAGUAGAUGUGAUAUGCCUAAUGUUAAACAGUUUGGAAAAUUACGUAUGGAGAUAUAAUUCAGCAGUGGAGUUAGUUAAUUUGAUAUUUACUUAUAUCGAACAAAACGCAUUAAGGGUUUUGAAUCACUGUGAUUUCCUUACGCUUUCCGAGUCACUGGUACAGCAGAUAAUGUGUAGGCCACUCGAAGUGUCCGAAAUUCGAAAGUUCCAGGCAAUGAUAAAAUGGGCAACCAAUAAGAGCCAGACAAAAACCAAUGCCAAAGAAGAAUUUCACCAUAUCAUGACAAGGCUGAAAAAAGAUAUUAAUCUGGUUAAAAUUGCACCCAACGAUCUCAUAAACAUCGUGUUACCUACGCGAACUGUCGAUAAUCAAGACAUUCUGAGCACCCUGUGCAAGCAAGCUGGUACCGGGGAGUACAAAAUCGAAAAGACUGUAUUCGAGAGGCUCAGCAGACAUAGGUCUGAUUGGGACCACGUCGAGCCUUAUCUAUAAAAUAAAAAAUCAUUUUGAAAAGAAGACCACUAAUAAUAAUAUUAAAAUUUAGUUUUUACAAAGAAAUGUAUGUUUUGUGAUUAGUUUAAGAUUUAUUAUACAAACAUGAUGUUUUGUUAUCAUAUCGCUGAGAGAUUUUUAUCUUUCACAUAAUAAUUGCUAUAAAUAAUAAUUAAAUAAUAAUAAAUAAAUGCAUACAUAAAUUACUAAUUAAUUAUAUUAUAAAUUAAAAUUAUUAAUAAUAAUUUAAGAAACAAUCAAGUUUUCAACUGUUUAUUUUCGAGUUUAUAACUUAUGUGUAUAUUUUAAAUUGCAUGGUAUCUAUGUUGUAUGAUUUUCGUAAAACAAUAUGAUAAUAUUAUAUAAUAUUAUAACAAUUAUAAUAAUAAAAAUAAUCUAAACCAUAUAAACGUAUAAUUAGAGUGUGAAGUGUUAACGUUCAUAUUAUAUAUGUGUAAAUAAUUUGUUUAUGGUAACUAUAAUACGUAUACCCAAUAACUCAGUGUGUGCUUUUCGGGCAGUUUUAAUUUAACUUCUAACUUAUUAUACUCGAAAUAUAGAUCAGGUAAACUAAUAUUUAUAAUUGAAACUAUUGAUCAGCAUUAUAACAUUUAAAUUUAAGUCAGUCGACGUUUUACUCGCCAAAACUCUCAGUUACGACAAUAUGAUAUGCAUAUUUUUACAAUACUCUAAAAUCUCAUCGGUUAUAAUACGACGUUUUAUUAAUCUCAUAAGCCUUUAGACUUGUGUGCCGAAUUAAUUUCCACAAUAGCGUGUUCACAACUGAUUAUUUGAAAAAUGUCUACUGGCCGAAAAUUCGAUUUAAAAUAAUAGUACUUAAUGCCUUUUUUACGUGUGAAAUCAUUCUAUAAAAAAAAAAAUGUCCUCUGUAGAUAUGAUUUAAUGCCAAAUUCGAUUUUUUUUUUUUUUUUUGUAAAAGAUAAACUUUCUUAAUGGAUACUCUCAAUAAAUAUAAUAUAUAUCAUUAUGGUAUCUUCUCACUUCAAUAACAGAUCUUACUGUAAACAAAUGAAGUAAAAUUAUCACCAGUUGUCGUCUCACACCACAUUUAACAUUGUACCACACACCUGAUACAUUUGACGCAUUAUAACUCAAUAACUCUUAAACAAAUAAAACAAUAGAUAGAAUACUUAACCCAAAGUUAUUAUUAUUCAUUUUUAAGCAAUAUUACAUUAUCAUUUAAGUUGUCUCUAUGCAAAACAUUAAAAGUUAAAAUAAUCAUAAUUUGUAUUAAAAUCAAAUAACGUUUGUGAAAAUAAAAAAUUGUGCUACGUACCUGAUUAAACUUAUGAUUUCCAUUAAAAGUAUUAAGUAUAUAAAUAAUAAAAAUAAUUAAAUAAUUAUUGCUUCCAUAAAACGAUCAAAAUUAUGAGUUUCGAAAAAAUGUAUCAAAAUAUUCAGCAAAUUAAAUUUAAUAAUUUCCAAUGUUUGUGUUUUGAUCUAUUUUGUUUUAUAAAGAAGUGCUUAUAUUAUCAUUAUCAUUAUUAUUAUUAUUAUUAUUAUUAUUAUUUUUUUUUUUAAUAAAUGUUUAGAAAUUUGACUUAGAUGACAUUUUAUGAUUUUAUUUUUUUUCAUAUUUAAAUGGAAUAUGGUGUUAAGUUUUAAAAAUUUUAAUCAAGCGCAUUGUUGUCGCACACUUGUUUUUUACUGUGAUUGUAUCAGAAUUCAGGGACAUAAAAUAUUAUACUGUAUAAAAAAUAAUUAAUAAAUAACAACGCCAAGACAGAAUGAAAAAAAUUACUCGAAAUAGAUAAUGUAAUAAUGUUGGUGUUGUUUUCGGUGUUUGUAAACUUUUACAUUGUGUAACAAAUUAUAAUAUAUGUAUAUUAUAAAAUGUAUAAUAUAUAUAUAUAUAUAUAAAUAGUAUAUACGUAUAAUAUAUAUUUUUAGAAUAGUUACAUUGUUAUAAUAAUGUUUUUAAUGUCAACCCUUCGCGUGAUGAAUUUCAUAUAAACAAAAUGUUCACCAAAAAUGUGUGAUGCCUGCCUAUUGUUGGAGCAUAUUAAGGUUAUUAUAUUAUUGUAAAAUGUAUGUAUGUUUUUUUUUUGUUUUGACGGACGUGAAAAUAAAUAAAACGUUCUAUACAAUA